AUGGGUAGUGCGCCGCCCAAAGAGCCUUGGGAGGCUCCGACGGAAGUGUACAAGCCCACGCUGCGCGUGGAUGUGACGGCAGAGCCCCCUGAGGACAAUGAAAACAGCACCGGGACGACGCCCAUGGCUUCUUUAACGCCCCAUGUUUCCACAAACAUUUUCGUGGCCGGGGUCCCACCAUCGUGGGACGAGAAUGACUUGCGUAAGAAGUUUCAGGAAUUUGGCGAGAUCAUUUCCACGAAAAUUGUGAAGCAAAGACAUUUUGCAUUUGUCAUGUUUCGAAGGCCAGAGUCCGCGCAUGCCGCGAUCAACGCAACACACUUGACGCACCCCACAGCGAAUAGUCCCAUGCUGCUGCAUGUGUCUAUUGCGAUGCACGAUGAGGGAGUUGACGAAAUACCCAACGAUCGUAUUUUUAUUCGCGGGCUGCCUCAGUGGGCUACCAAAGAUCAUCUCCGACAUUGCUUCUCCCGUUUUGGCACCAUUGUAGAGUCGGCCGUGCUUAUGAACGCUCUUGGACAGUGCAAAGGCUCGGGGUUUGUGCAGUUUUCAUCGAUUGAGGAGGCGACGGCGGCUAUUGAGGCACGAAAGACGAUUCGCAUUGAAAACUGGGAGACAGGGCUUGAGAUAAAGUAUUCAGAGACCGCUGAGGUUAGGCAGCAACGACAGGAACGCAACAAAAAAAGGCAGAAACACUCACCUAAAUAUAGACAGCCGCAACUGCCAUACCAAGCGUUUCCUCCGCAGCUCCCCGUAGUUCCACCAAUGUCUGCGUACCCCAUGCUUGGAAUAGCGACUCCAUUCCCUUUGUUCUAUCCGCAGCCUGCGCUAAGCCCGCCGGCGGCAUCACCGCACAUAAUGUACUCUCCGAUGGUUACAUCCUCUGCGGUGCCGGUGUACACGCCCCCGCCCGGAGUUUUCGAACCCAACCCGGACGUCUUCCCUGCUAGUGGUGAUUUACACUUCUCUGGAGUCGCAUUGACGGAGUCCACCCUGGUGUCACUGCUGCAGUGCUAUGGAAAGGUGGCGGCCAAGGACAUGUUAAGUGAUGCCGGAGCAGCUGUGAGGAUGGCGGACCGCGGGUUGCAUGGAACUAUUGCCCAACAACUUAACGGUACAAUUUUUCCUAACGGACAGGUGUUGUCGGUGGUCCGUUACGCUUAA